AAGCCCCCCUCCUGUCCUAUAUGCUUCCUGAUCUACACCCAUCAUGGGCAGGGAAAACUUUUAGGCUGCAUCUGCACCUCUCCUCUGGUCAGCCCUGGAACGUUUUUCCUCCUCAACUUUUGCUCUCCCCCUCCUGGACUUUAAUUGACCCUCUUCAGAGAACCUUAGGUCACCGUCACGGUGACCCUUUGGUAUAUUUAUCCUUUUUCAUCUUCAGGGGAAUUGAACAUCCAGUCCAGACACCAGUUGUAAUAUCUUUUGGUUGUGGCUGUUUUUCCUUGUAGGGGCUCUGUGCAGGGACUCAUCCUUGACGAUCAGGACUCAAACAGGAUUAGGGAGGUGGCAGUCCAUGUUAUUUUUUUUCUCGACAACUUUUUUGUUGUUGUUGCCCUAAAGGAUUAAUUGCUGAAAUUACAUAUUCAAACCAGCAUGACUGAGGGAGUCGAAGGUACAGUAUCUACACAAGUCUAACGCGAUCCUCCACCACAACCAUGGUCAUAGAGAGCAAAAACGGGGAGGCAGGACAGCCCCUAGUCAGGGUGUCUAAGAGGACUGUGACUGACGACCUGUACACCACCUUCAGUUCCCCCAUGGCCUGGAUCCUGGUCCUAGCCCUGGUCAUCACCUGGUCCUGCGUGGCCAUCAUCAUGUUUGACCUGAUGGACUACAAGGGCAUCACAGGGGUCCCCCCACCUCCCGCUGUCAGGAAAGCAAUUAAGGAGGCAGGGAGGUCUAGAGGAAGCAUUCAGCAUAUCAGCUCAGAUCCCAUGAAAGUGGUGAACGAGGCGGUGGAGGAGUCCACUGGCUGGGGCAACCUGCUUCUGACCUUUGCCUCCAACCUGGUAGCACCUGAGGAGGAGGAGGAAAUCGAAGGUGAGCUACAUCCGGUGAAGAAAAAAGUAAAACCGCCCCCAAAAGAUAUAGGAUGGUACGUUGAAGAGGAUUAUCAUGCUGAAAGUGAGAAGGGUGGAACAGAAGGCACCAUGGCCAUGCUUUCCAGGUUUAUAGCUGCAUUCCUACCAUCCAGAAAACAAGUUGCAGGGAUGUUUGCAGAGGAAAAAGAACCAGUUGCUAAAGUAGAGGACGAAGAAGAAGAUGAAGAUGAGGAUGAGGAGGAUGAGGAAGAAGUGGAAGAUUAUGAUGAGGAUGAGGAUGAAGAAGAAGAGGAGAAUGAGGAUGAGGUUGAAGGGGGAGAAGAUGAGGAUGAAGAAGAAGCUGAUGAUGAGGAUGAGGAAGAAGAUGAAGAAGAGGACAAGGAAGCAGCAGCUGAGGUUGAGAUAGAUGAGGAUGAGGAUGAUGAUGAAGAGUAUGAGGCUCCCAUUCUGAUUGAUGUUGAUGACACAGAGACAGAUGCUUCUGCUGGAGAUGAUGACAGAGAGGAGGAUGACACCACAGCUGAAGCUGAAACUGAUGCAAAUACAGAUGAGGAUGCCAGUGAUACUGCUGGUGCUUCCAGUGAUGAUGACCAUAAUGAAGAGGAUGAAACCAAUGAUGCCAGUGCUGAAGUCACAGAGGAUGCUCCUGCUUCUACUGCAAAUGACAACGACGAUGAUGAUUAUGGUAAAGAGGAGGAAAUUGAUGUCACAGAAGAUGUUGUUUAUGACAUCCAGGACGAUGACAUUGACAUUGUUGCAGAACAAGUAGAUGCUGUUGCCUCUUCUGCAGAUGAUGAUGAUGAGGAUAAAGAUGAGGAAGAUGAUAGCAUAGAUGAUGACAAAACAGAUGAUGAUGCUAAACCCAUUGACCUAGAAGAUGACGAUGAUGACGAUGAUAAUAUCAAGGUCAAUCUUGCUGAUAGUGAGGGUAUUGAUAUCUCAGACACAUUAGCUGAGGAUACAACUGAUGACUCUACAGAUAGUUUAGAGGACACUGAUGAUGACGACGACGACAUUGUCAAUGAGGACAGUGGUGCCAUCGUUGAUUCAGUUGACAAAAGACUGGAAGAUUCAGGUGAGACUGUUUGUGAUGUCGCAGACAUUUCUGGUGACACAGCAUAUGAUGAUGAUGAGGGGAAGGAUGCAGCUGAAGUGAUUGGCAAAGAUGAUGACAUCACACCAGAAGCCUUUGAUAGUUCUGCUCCUGAGGAAGAUGAUCUAUCCAAGGAUGAAGAAGAGGAGGAUGAUGAUGGCAUUGAUGACCUUCUUUUGACAGUAACGCCACCUGUUGAAGAAACAAUAACCCCACUUUCUGAAGAGGCUAAAGAGACUGAAGUAGAGGAAAAGACAGAAGAGAUCCAAGCUGUGAGUAUAUUCACAGAGAUCAUCCCUCCAGAAGCACCAGAAGAGGAGGAGGAGGAGACUGAGGAACCAUCUGCUGAACCAGAGCUGACAAUAGAGGAAGCUUUGGAAGAAGAGGUAGUGGGGGACGAGACAGCAGAGCCCGAAUCCAAGGAGGAGGUAGAACCCAUCACUGAUACCAAGGAAGAGGAGGAGGAGGUAGCACCAGAGCAUGAACUUGAGGAGGUGGUGGUAGCAGCAUUGCCUGAAGCCGAGGAGGAAGAUGAGGUAGCUCCUGAGCCCGAGGAGGAGGUAGAACCUGCAGUCAAAGAGGUAAAGGUCCAGCAAGCUGCUACUCCUGCACAUCAAGUAGUGUGCCCUUGUAUGCAUUCAUCAAAACCAAAAGAACCUGAAAUUGAGCCAGCGGAGGAAAAAGCUAAACAUGUCAAGAGGAAAGUAGCCAAGCAAGCUAAAAAGGCCACUCCUGACCGGAAGAAGGCCCCUAAAAAGGAACCAGUGGUGAGAACUAAGAGAGAACGAGACAUGUGCAAGCCAGUUGAGAACACAAAAAGGAGAGAGGUUGCAAGGCAAUUGGAGUUGGAAGAGGCGAUCAGAAAGAGAGAACUCAGACUUAAAAAGGAAGAGAAGGAGAAGUCCACUAAGAAAGAUUCUCAACAUGUAGAUGCGGGGUUACCUGCACCUGCACCAGUUCCCACCUGUCAACCCACACCAGUCUACUGGCCAUCAUCACCUCCUGGCUGGUAUCUGCAUCACAUAUUCACAGACAAUCCAUUCCCACCUACAACUAUGACAGCUCAUCCAACUCGGUCAUUUUAUCAAGCUCCUCCAGCGUAUCAAGUUUAUCAAGCUGAACCAGCACCUGCACCAGCUACUCAACCAGCUGAACCAGCACCUGCACCAGCUACUCAACCAGCUGAACCUACACAUGCACCAGCUACUCAACCAGCUGAACCAGCACCUGCACCAGCUGAACCAGCAACUCAACCAACUGAACCAGCACCAGCACCUGGACUUGCACCGACAACUCAACCAGCUUCAUGGACUCAAGAACCACAGGCUCCCAAAGAAAAGCAGAAGGCUGGCACCAUAAAGAAGGUUCCAAAGGAAAAGACCAAGGCAGCUGCCCCAAAGAAGGAGCCAGUGCCCCCUAAAGAAAAAGUUAAGAAGCAAGACACUGUGGUGUCCAAAGAAAAGGUCAAACCAGCUGUUGUAAAGAAAGAAGCUGUUGUCUCCAAAGAAAAGACAAAACAUACCACAAUGAAGAAAGAGCCAGUGCCCCCUAAAGAAAAAGUUAAUAAGCAAGCUGCUGUGGUGUCCAAAGAGAAGGUUAAACCAGCUGUUGUAAAGAAAGAAGAUGUUGUCUCCAAAGAAAAGACAAAACCUACCACAAUGAAGAAAGAGGUUGUUGUUUCCAAAGAUAAAGCUAAAACAACAGCUGCCAAGAAAGAGCCUGUGGAAAAGGACAAAAUAACUCCUACGAAGAAAGAGCCUGCAAUCUCCAAAGAAAAAGUGAAGACAAACACUACUAAGACAACCACAAGCACUUCCAAGAAAGAACGUCGUGCUGCAAAAGCCAACGCUGAAUGGUCGCUUGUAAAGAAUGUUGUUUCAGAACCUGAGCCCCUAAAAGAGAAAGCCACUCCGAGAGUCCCCACUAUGAGGAAAGGGAACCACACUAAUGUAGUGGUGCCAAUGGUAAAAGCCAUGGCUAGAGUUGUCGCUAUAAGACCCAUCCCUACAACAAAAGAGCCUGUGGAAAAGGGCAAAAUAACUCCUACAGAGAAAGAGCCUGCAAUCUCCAAAGAAAAAGCCAAGACAAGCACUACUAAGACAACCACAAGCACUUCCAAGAAAGAAGAUGUUGUCUCCAAAGAAAAGACAAAACCAAUCACAAUGAAGAAAGAGGUUGUUGUUUCCAAAGAUAAAGCUAAAACAACAGCUGCCAAGAAAGAGCCUGUGGAAAAGGCCAAAAUAACUCCUAUGAAGAAAGAGCCUGCAAUCUCCAAAGAAAAAGUCAAGACAAGCACUACCAAGACAACCACAAGCACUUCCAAGAAAGUUGUUUCAGAACCUGAGCCCCUAAAAGAGAAAGCCACUCCGAGAGUCCCCACUAUGAGGAAAGGGAACCACACUAAUGUAGUGGUGCCAAUGGUAAAAGCCAUGGCUAGAGUUGUCGCUAUAAGACCCAUCCCUACAACAAAAGUGACAGAGGAGAAGCUAUCCAAAGAACCUGAGACAGCAAAAGAGAAACCAAAAGCGUCAGAGAAAAAAGAGACAUUCAACAUCUCGUCCAAUCAAAGUGUAAAAUCAGAAGACAAGGUAAAGGAUGUGAAGACAUCAGAUGCCAAAGCUAAAACCACACUCUCUGUGAAGACAGCCCAGCCCACUCAACUACAUAAAGCUGAGAAGACUGAGAAGAAAGCUGUGAAGGAGGCUAAAGAGAAAGAAGUGAAGCCUCCUGGUAUAGCAAAAGAAUCUCAGACUGACGAUAAUGCCAUGGACAAGAAGAAGCCAGGUCAGAAAGUAUUGCAGUGUGUUUUAAUGGUUGGAAAGAAUGCCCACUACCCUUUGCGACCUUCCACCCCUGGUAUGACCCCUGUGUCGAUGAGCCCAGCCAUGCGGUCCAUGAUGUUGCAGCAGGCGCAGCAGCAGAAAGCCAGAGCGGCGGGGCAGUAGACUAGCUCCUCACCUCCAUGCUGCUCCCUCUAGUCAGUCUGCACGACAGCCUUAACCAGGAUAAUCAGGGACUAAAGGGGAAGGAUGGAUGGACAGUACAGUAUUAUUUAUUUUUCUAUGACCGGUCGAGCUCCCGUGAGUUAAGUCAAUGAACUAUUUUCUUUUACCUGUGGCUUUGCCGCUUUUGAUAGCGCUCAGUGUUGAGUCCUUUGUGAUCUAUGUUUUUCAACAUAUUUAUUUAUAAGAAAAGGAGUGUAAGUUAUGCCUAUGUAUUACCUUAGGAAGCAAAUGGAAUUGAUCAUUUCUGUAAAUUUCAACCAAAUUCAAUGUACAUAUGCAUAUAAAUUGUAAUUAGGCUCAAGUUCAAUGUAUAUAAUGUACAUGUGAUAUCAACAUCCUGCCAUUUUCAUUUGUUGAAUAAUUACUUCACGUUAUAAUUUUUUCAUUUGUUACUUUUAUCACAACAUUCAUAAUGACAUUCAUAAUGAGUUCAGAAUGACAAAACAUCUGUAAAUUGAUUUUAGGGUCGUAUAUUAUCAAUGGCACUGUGAUUAAAAUUGAGUUUAGUUUUUAUUUAAUGUGUUGAUUAUAUUUUAUUAAGGAAACAAAUUGAACAUGCUAUAAAAUAACAAAUGAACAAUAUAGCUCACUUUCUCCGAACAUGUCCAUGUCUGUAUGCUUCUGUUGAUGUGUGACAUACCCUGCCAUUAUUGCUGGAACAGGAAAUUCUAAGCCAUUUUUUAAGACUAUUGUAAUAGUUGAGCAUUAAAUAAACAGUGACAAUCUUCAUAAUCAUUUUAGAAAUUGUGUGCAUCACAGUUUGAUCAUGAAAGAGGAUCGAUAUUCGUAUAAAAAUUGCUGAAAUUGAUAUUUUAGAUUUGAGUAUAUCUGGUAUUUAGAAAGAAUAUCGUUUAUUUUUUAUUGUUAAUAUUCAUCAAAUUAGUUUGCCUGCCAAAGAUGACAAGAAGUUUUCACCUACAGUAAACGUUUCUACUCCUUGUCAGAUGUUAUUAGAUAAGGUAUGUUAACACUAACUGUAGUUAUCUGACCAGAUCUGCAUAAAACACAUAGCUUAAGAACACUGCCUUAUCACUCAUGACACACACUGUAAAGCAAGGUGAUGUUAUGUUGUCAUUUUUGUUUGAUAUGCUACUUCCAUGUAAAUAACUGCAUCAGCUUGUAUCUUGCUGCUUGGCAUGUUGGUAAAGAAUUGUGGGAAGAUGACUAUGGUACCAUUUCUCAUGGAAGCUCCCGUUGUUAACCAGAAUAACCUCUUCUCUCUCUCUCUCCUGAGGAGUGUGUGUGUGUACUGAGAAUGCAACACUAGAGGUCAAGUCAAUGACUGUCCACACAUGAUUUUUUUUUUUUACAACUGACAAUGAUUCUCGUGAGAUGGUGUUAUGACGUCAUCCUGUGAUAUAUAGGUGUGGAUGACUUUAUCAUCACUGUCAUGUUACUAUCAUGGCGCUUGCUGCCAUGCGCAGCAGCCUACUGCUGAAUCAUGUUCAAGUAGGAGUGCCUUUAUUCUGAUAAUGGUGCUGCUGUGCUGAGUCCAGCGUAUCCAUUGUUGUCUUACUCAACUAAAGACUGGUGUCAGGGGUCCAUAUUUCAAGACCAUGUGAAAGAAACUAUUGGGCCUGAGAUCAGAUGUCCUUUAAACAGUAGAAGGGAAAAUAAGAAUGCUCAGUAAGUGGUGGUCUGAGAUCCCAUACUGUGAAAGCCUGGUUACCUUCUCUAUUCAGCUAUUACAUUCCAAUCUCUGCCACUCCUGUCAUUUGCCAGCUUUGGUAAAUGACAGGAGUGGCAAGGAGUGGAAUGUUAGCUAAAAAGACUGGGAGCCAGACUAUUGAAAGCAUGAGAGGGAAGGCCGAGAAACUCUACUUUGUUUUGUCUGUAGCUGUCUCAAGCCUGUUGUAUGGUAUCUACUAUCUAUCCAUACGUUUGCAGUGUCACAUGCACCCACAGUCCGCAACAACAGCUCAACAAAGUAUUGUGAAGUAGGCCAAAGGAAAAAAUCUGGACUUUGAAGUUCCAGUGCACCAUUUCCUGUACCACCAGGGGAAAUGCUGCUGUCUGUCUGCUGUGUGUUGUUUUCUGUGGAUCUGACUGAUGGAGGCAGAGUCCCCCACACUUAUCUACAAUGCAACAACAGAGAUUACACUAAUUAUAUAUUUGUAUAAUUAUAACUAUGUCUUACCUUUCUAUUCUUUUGUCAGAGAAACUUAUUUACUCUUGGCAGAAUGGACUUGUUGGUUGACUGCUCUUUCAUUAUGAGCUCGGUCAUACCAUCAUACCUUCCCAGUCAUUAAGUAUAACAAAGCAUUGACUAGACAACCGUACAGUAUGAUGUUUAAAUACCUGAUGUUUACUUGAUUUACAACAUUGCCCCUGGCACAUUGUGGAAUGUCUAGACAGAAUACAGACCUCAGAUAUACAUGAUUAAUAAGCACGGAUUCUGUGCUGAUUAUGUUAGCUGAUACAAUGUCAUUUUAACGACAAUUAUUCACAAACUAAAUAUAUUUUGUGUUGUUUUGUUCUUUUGGACGAUUCAUUUUUGGUAAUUUCCUGUGUAUUAUGCAUGACUAUUAUUUUAAAAAAGACAAAACAUUUGUCAGUUAUUGUCUCUGGUUCUAUGUCUCAGUUACACUCUGGUGAGCACUGUAGGACUUGAAAUAUUAGCUUUAAUCAUAUCUCAGUCAGACAUCAGUUGAGCUGUAAAGGAUGGAUAUAGAUAGCUUUACUAUGAGAUGUGUACGCUCUGUUGAUUUGAGACUUCCCAUUUAUACAGAAGAGUUUCCUAACAUGCAUGGAGGAAAACAAACUCUCAGCCUUAAAUAUCAGAUAUGUUCCCAAAGACUAAUUACAUCCCAGAUUAAUUGUCUUGCCAAAAAUACAUACUUUAUUUUGAGCUAUUCCUUUUUAUAGAUAUUUAUCGUGUCAAUGUUCCAUUAAUAGAUUCUGAGACUAUUUCUAAACUAUCUUUGCCUUCUGUAGCUACUGUAUGUUCUGUAAUUGAUCACAACAUGAUGCCACUGAUGCUGUUCUUAAGUUGUAGUUUGUUGUUGUUGUUGCAGUUUUAACAAAGUUCAAACCAUUAUUUAAACAGCAACGCAACAACACAUCAAUCAAUGCCCAGAAAUAUAUAUUUAAAGUAUGUUGUACAUGGUGCAUAAAACAACUGAUAACUGAUUUUUUUUUUAAAGCAUUUAUCAAUUGUUUAGUAUUUAUAAGAAUGUAUUGUUUUUUUUCUUUUCAGAACAAUGUGCUCUUAUUUUGUUGUUAACCUCAUUUUUGUGUAUACAUUUAGCAAAACGUGGACUGCACAUGGCAAUGCAAUGUUAGCGUUACAAAUCGAGUAAACAUGUCAAAAAAAUAAAAAAAUAAGUCUGUU